AUGCACCUCUCUCUACUUUUCCUACUUUUUCUAGCUCCAACUUUUUGUUUGGCAUGUGAUCCUUUAAAAAUGAUAAAAUGCUCGACGGUGAGUUAAUCUCGGAGAACAAAAUCUAUGGUGCCAGAAAAUUUUCAGAAAUUAGAAGAGCAAGAAAAUAUGCCAGAAAGAACAAUGAUUCAAAAAAUCGACAAACGUUUGAAAACAUGUGAACUCUGGAAAGAAUGCGGUGAAGUGAUGGGAAAAUGCAAUAGUCUUAAUAAACAGGAGAAAAGAGGAGCAGAUAUGUUAGCUGGAGGUUGUCCGAUUGUAUCUCGAUUAUAUCAAAAUGAUUUCAUCGAUUGUGCGAUUGUUUUGGAGAAAAAUGUGGAGAAAAAUGGAUGUCGUGCACUUCAAUAUAGAGAGAAUUUCAAGAAUACUGGAUAUAAAGCUAUGUUUGAUGAUUGUAUUGAUGAUGUUGUGAAAAAUGGAUGCACUUCUGAUCAGCAACAAAUUUAUGAUGAAGUGAGUUAUUUAAAGAUGAGGCCGGGCGGAGCAAUGUUGUUUUUUUUGCAGAAUCGUAAAAUGGCCAUCAAAUUUCUUGACAAAUUUAUGCUACCUUGA